AUGGCUAUUGCAACCAUAUUGGAUCCAAGGUACAAGAUGGAGUUGAUUGAGUACUUCUUUCCUCUGAUUUAUCAAGAGCGGCACUCAUCGGAAGUUGAGAGAAUCACAGAGUUGACAAAUAGCCUGACAAAGCAUUAUCAGUUAAGCCUACAAGCCGGUCAAGUAUCAUCUCAGUCUUCUGCUUCUCCAUCUUCAUUACCUUUUGAUUUGGAUGACGACUCUUUGGCAUCUUUCGAUUUAUAUGUUUCUAGUAAGAAAAAGAAGGAUAGCCUGAAGUCUGAAUUAGAGGAUUACUUGGGAGAGAAGCUGAUACCAAGAACUAGAACUUCCCUUGAGUUUGAUAUUUUCGAAUGGUGGAAGGUUAAUGGAAUACGGUAUCCCACCUUGCAAGCCAUGGCGAGAGACAUCUUGGCUAUACCAGUAUCCACUGUUGCUUCGGAUUUGGCAUUCAGCACUAGUGGGAGAGUUGUGAGCUCCCAUCGGAGCCAUCUACAUGCAGACACCUUGGAGGCUCUUAUGUGCGCCCGAGACUGGAUGUGGAAUGAAAUGAAAGCUGCAGGAAUUACUUCAAAGGGCGAUUGCACAUUUGAUGAUGAUUUUGACUUAGCCGAGACCAUGAAGGAUAACGUCACUCUUUAUGAUUGA